GUGAGUCUCCCCAAGGCCCAAGAGCUUCCGAUCCUGCCGAAUAUUCCGGAGCGGAAGAAGAAGAAGUCUCUCGGCGGCGCCCGCGCCGCCGCCGCCACCGCCCUAGGAAACUUCGGCCGCUGCUCCGGCGCGGCGGAGGCGUCACUACUCCACUUCCGGUAUGUCGCCAGAUUUGAACAUCUAAACAACUGGGGAUGCAAUGCUGCAUGCGCUCGAUUGAUUAAGAAACACGCCGUCAUCUCGCAGAGAUUUCGAUAGAGACGUCCUCGAUCAGGGCUUAGGCUGCCACCGAGGGAAGACCAGGCGUCAUUCUCACCCUAAUUCCAGUCUGGAAGUCGCAGGAUUUCAUCCUGUUUUUUAGCUUCUGAUGAUGUGACUCCAGUUGGUGCUUAUCAUGUCGUCAUCAUAAUCCGUUCAAUAUGUCCGAUCCAUAUGAAGUCAGACCAGUUCGAAGAUAUGACAAAUCGUACCGGCGAUUCACAUGGCACAACGAAGUUAGGAACAAUUUAUCAAUCUUGUCAGUACGAAGAUCAGCUCCAGAUGGAAAGUGCAGUUAUUAUUCAAUAAUAGCUGCACUGGAGGCAAACUUACGGAUUCAUCAUGGUUUUGGACAUAAUCUUUCUAUUAAGUACCUCCAGAGGAAAGAUAAAAAAGUUAAGAUAGAAAAAUUGCUGAAGGAUUUUGACAAAAAGAAAAGGAAGAUUGGUCGGAAUGUUAGAAUUAUGGAUAUACUGAGAAGAACGGGUGUCCCUACGGAGGAAGGUUAUGAUUUAUUUUGCCAGGCUGGUCUACCCUGUGAGAUGAAAAGGAUACAAUGCUAUACCAUGUAUGAUGUUAAGAAGCCUUCUCAGAUUCGGCUGGCAUUAGAGAGGCAUCUUAUCAAGGGACCUAUGGUGGCAGUAUUUUAUAUUAGUGGUAAUUACGACAAGUGUAUGAAAUAUGGCUCAGUUUAUGUUUUCAAUAAAAAACAAGUCUUGCGCUUCAAAAAUGAAGCAAUAAGUCAUUCGGUGUGCGUCGUAAGCUUUGGACUUGAAGGACAGCUUCCGUUUUUGUUAUUUAGAACUGAAAAAAUAGACUGGCCGGCUUAUGGUAGGGUUGAGAUACAGUCUGUGAAAGAACUAUAUGGUAUUGAUGUAUGAACCCUGUUUAUGGUACUGAGUACAGUCCUGCUACGUAAUCUCAAUUUUAGAUACCAUAUGGACUUUUUUAAAGAAUGUUAUGGAUAGACCGUAAAGAAAUUAAUUGGUACUGUUGCAUAAUUUUUG